CGCACUAAAUGACAAAAAUAUAUGUUUUAGGUCACCUACCACGUUGAGCGAUAUUGGCGGAACUGUGUGCGGAACCGGAAUGAAUGCUAUGUUUCCCUCAUUUACCGGAAGCAAUCGCAAAUUUCGGUGCGAUUUGAUACUGUACACCUGUGCUUGUAUCGUUUGCAUGAGGGGAUUGAACCGAAAGUCGCUGAGACUGCCAGGCUGACCGAUCUAGUGCUGAACCGUGUCGGAGGCCGCUACGACAAUACGCGUAUUGUACAUUCGUUACACUCAUUUUGUAACCCAAAGCGGUUACACGAGUCUUAUUUUUGUUUUCGUUGUUGUUCGAUAUUCUUUUCGCUUAACAACACCAACGCAAGCUGAAAGAGUGUGUUUUAAGGAAGAAAAAUAAAUGCUCGAUCAUGUUCUUCCGUGCAGCAAAAAAAAAGCCAAAAUAAAAUAGCAAACAACGGAGAAAAAAAGGCACACCAAGGAACCGACUUUGCAGAAGCCGGUUAGAGAAGAACCGUUCAGGCGUGGCGGUCUUGAAAUGUUGCUUUUACACGCGUAGAAAAGUGGCGAUUUUGUGUUUCUUGCUGUCUCUCCCCCACAAUCCGGGUAGCAUCGGAUUUGAAUGUGAUUUGGUUAGGCUUUUUUUUCCUUGGUACCGGGAGGGGGAUUGACAUUUUUGUUCAUCGUUUCGUCUUCAUCUUGUCUUUGCGUUUAAGACGGUUUUGGGGCGGAAUUUCCAACACACAUCAAAGAACGGUUCCGAACGGUGGAACGAAUAAUCAAUGGAUGUCGUGGCGUGAACGCACCAUAAGGAACGGGAAGAACCUCCAGAAGAGAAUAUAGGCGCGACGGGGGGUUUUGGGAUCACUUCCUUUCGCGCACUGGCUAUAUUUAAGGCCAGCGGCUAACGAUGCUCGCGGUCAGUGGCGUACGAGUGUUCGCGUGAUUGGUGAAGCCCGGUUUUGUGUGAAGUGAUUCGAAAACAAACAAAAAACAACAUGGUUGCUAGAAGCUGGAAGUGUCUGUGCUUGCUGCAAAUGGUUCUUGCGGUGACGGUACUCGGUCUGUGCCGGGUAACGAGUGCUUAUCCGUACGCGGAUGAUUUCCCCUAUCAAGUGCAUGGACACCCGGUAGCCGUGUCGGGUAGCUCCGGUGUGAAGAAACUGCACGCUGGUACCGCGAAGGGUGCAAGCGGUGAAGGGGGCAGUGAUGCGCGGGACCACCGUAAGGAGCACGCGUACGACGAAGCGGGCAGUAUCGGGUCGGCAUCCGACGCCGUACGCUACCAUCAACUCGACAAUCAACUGGACGGCCAUCGGGUGCUGGAUGCGAGCAAGGGCAGCACGGUGGACAAGGUGAAACAUUUGGCGGGUGAAAACUUUGAGGCGGACAAAUCGCACAACCGGAAGCAUAUUAAGUCGGGGUUUAGCAACUCGUACCAUAAGGACGAGAGCGGUAGCAAGAGUUCAUAUUAUGAAGAUUCGGACGAUCACGGUGGUAAGCAGGUGUUCGACAAUCGGCACAAUAUGCGCAACGACUACGCGGACAAACUGUACAGUCAGGAUCGGCGCAAUGACUAUCUGCGGGAUCAUUACGAUGAUCGUGCGUCCGGUAGUGACCUGAUGGGUGCUCACAACUACCGACGUAUGGGUGCACUCGAUCGAGGUAACACUUACGGACAUCGUGACGGAUACGCACACAAUGAUCACAAUGAUCAGCAUUACGGUACGACGGCCUACGGAGGUUACGAUUACUAUCAACCGGGUGCCAACUAUCACCACUACGAUGAUCUGUACCGUCGACGAUCGUACUACAAUCCGAGACCAUCGUUUGCCACCGCACCGUUGCAACCGGCACCGAUCACGAUUUACGAAGACCCACGUGACUACGCACCGUACCCGGUGGCACCCUAUCCGGUGCGCGAGGUACGCGAUGGUUCGUCCGUGCUUAGUAGAGACGACGACUAUCGCCAACAGCCGAACGGAUCGUUCGGUCAGCGGCGACGCCUCAUCUACAGACCCAGUCCGGCACCAGCACCAAUACCAAUGCCGCACGAAUACGGACGUUACUGAAGGAUUUGAAGGAUG